GGGGUGGGUAGGGGAGGAGAGGGGGAUAUUAAACAUUCGACCGGGCUAAAGGAAGGGCAGAGAGUGUGUAAAGAUGGAGCAAGUUGGAUAUUUCGAGUCUCCAGUCGGAGUUUACGAAGUCAUUGCAGACGAUUAUGGCGUUACAAGCAUUAAGCUUAUAGGACCAAAUUCAGUUUCUAUGAAGUGCUGGAAGGAAGGAGGAAAAGACGAACAUGUUUCUUCCUUAAGCUCUCAACACAUCCAAGACUGCAUCACUUGGUUAGAUGCCUACUUUUCCAAUUCUCCUUUCCUGGAGAGAGUUAAACUACCAGCUCUCAUUACACAAGACCACGAAAAUAAGCCAUUUUGCCUUAAAGUGUGGCAGAUUCUUAAAGAUCGCGUGAAAGUUGGAGAAACCGUGACGUACGGAGAACUAGCCAAUAUGGUGGGGAAUCCAAAGGCAGCUAGGGCCGUCGGGAUGGCAAUGAAGUCGAACCCGAUCUCCAUCAUCGUACCGUGUCACCGGGUUGUAAAGAGUGGAGGAGAUAUUGGAAAUUACAGCUCGUAUAAUGGAGUUGAUACCAAAAAAUGGCUACUGCAGCAUGAAGGUGCAAAAUGCAACUGAUGCUUCUAAGUAACUGAUGGCAUUUGCAGAGGGUGUUGAGGGGGCAGGCCAUAUGAGAAAUAGUUCUUUAGUUUACAAGGGACUGUUCAGAACUUCAAAAGAUUCCAAAGUGGUUCCAUUGUUACGAUAAUCUUUCCAAAUAUUCAAGUGUAUAUAAGAAUGUACACGGAUACUCACUCACAGUUGGGUAUGUCUCUGCCAGGGGGGUACUCUGGAUUUCAAGUGACAGGGAUGAUCAAAGGAUGUUUUUGGGUUUGAAUUUUUCGAUUCUGGGUGUUUUGGGGGUAGGAAAAUUUUG